UAUUUUAUUUCCCUUCCUCACCGAGGAGAACCAGGAAAAAAAUUUAGUGCUAGCUCCAACCAGUAACGCCAGUCCUUUCUUCCCCUUGCGGCGAUCGCCGGAGAGGAGAGGAUGGACGCGGCGGCGCCGUCGCGGCGCGCGGGGGCGAGGCGGGACAGGCCCCUCAUCCCGCCCAACUACGUCAGCCUCCGGGACCUCCAGGAGCUCCGCCUCAAGGAGCAGGCGGAGCGGCGGCGGCGCCAGGAGGAGGAGGAGGCCGCCGCCAGGAGGGAGGCCGAGCAGGAGGAGGAGGAGCGGCGGCUGCGGAAGGAGGCGGAGGCGGAGGCCGCCGCGGCGAGGAGGGUUAGGGAUGCGGCGGCGGCGGCGGAGGUGAAGGGCACCUCCUCGUCGCGCGCCCCCUUCAGGUAUAAUGAGAGGCCCCGCGGAGGGCCGCGCGUGGUGGUCGUGGCGCAUCGCCCGCCGCCGCCGCCGCGCGGGAAGGGUUCGGCCCUGAAUAGUGGUGGCGCCGCGGGAGGCAGCAAGGAGCCGGGCGGCGACGCGGCCGAUGGAACCCUAGGCGGCGGAGGCAGGGCGCGGGAUGAGGGGAAGGGGAAGGCCUCCGCGGUUUUGAUUGCCGGCGACCCAGCCGAGAUUGCUACCGGCGUCAAGCCGGGGGAGAAGAGCAAUGGGGAGGCCUCUGGAUGUCAGGGCAUGGCAUUGGGGACGAGUGGCGUGCCAGGCGAGCUGGCCGAGGUGGACACUGCUUCAUACCGAGGCGGCGUCAAGCCCAGAUACAAGCACAAGGGGAAGAAGGGUUUCGAUGGCCGGAGCACAGAAACAGCCAUGACCGGCUCAUUGGUUGAGGCGGUAAAGGCAUCGCCACCGCAAGUCGUCGAUUCGGAGAACAAGGGGGAGGCUGGAUCGAGUAAUCAGAGCACUGGAAAAGCUUCGGCAAGCUCACAGGGCGAGGCAGCUGAGGAUUCACCACUGCAGGGAGUCAAGUCGGUUAACAAGUGGAAGAAGAAGAAUAAACCCUCAGGAGGAAGGCAGGCGGGCGCAGCACCGAGCGGUGAUUGGCCGAACGGGAGGAGGGACCAACCCCGUCCAGCCGCUGAGGGCAGCCGCGGUCGGAGGAAUGGUGAUGGUCAAGGAACCAUCUGGGAAGUAAAAUCCGAUGGACUUGGGGGAAAGCAGCCGGAGGUGGAGGGGAAGGUCUACUCGCAUCCGCCUACUGAGAGCAGCAGCAACAGAAGGAGGGGCAGUGGUCAAGGAAUGAUCAGGGAGGCAAAAUUUGAGGACUUUGGGGAGAAGGAGCCGGUGGUUGAGAUGAGGGCGCAGCCACAUCCGGCUGCUGACAGCAGUAGCUAUCCAACAAGUAGCCGUGAUCAAGGAAUGAACAGGAAGGUCAAAUCUGAGGACUUUGGGGAGAAGCAGGCGGUGGCCAAGAUGAGAGCGCAGCCGCAUCCGGCUGCUGAUAGCAGUAUCAAUCAAAGGAGCAGCAGUGGUCAAGAGAUGAACCAGGAGGCAAAUUCCAUUGGCUUAGAGAAGCAGCCAGUUGUGGAGAUGAGAGCCGCAGCCCAGCAGAAGCCAUGUGAUGCGAGGAUCUCCCAUGGGCGGCGGUGCCAUGGUGGUCACAGCCGAGCGAAUGGCGCCGCAAGGCAGCAGGGCAGCAUCUGGGUGCCCAAGGCUGCUGCUGUCCCAGUCCGCACCGAAGUCGGAAACAUUCCGUAGACAGGAAGUAUAUAUAGUAGUAAUAUGUGGUAACAUGUGCCAGUGGUUGAUUUUCAAGUAAUGAAGGUGCUAGCUCUUAUUUAUAAAUAUUUAGUGCAAAGGUGUCCAUGUAGGGUUUGCGGGCUUUGAGAUUGCCAAAUUGGUUUGCUGAACUUAGCUAUUGCCAGAUUGGUUUUAGAGUAAUAUUGUAACCUCUGUAAAUUCCUGCUGCAAUUAAAUCAUCAUCAUUUUUUUGUGAAA